AUGGGCACUGAUACCAAUAGCGAGGAUUCGGCGAAGCGGUUCCGGAGAGUACGGAGAGGUUCGGCUACUUUUGUCGAGCUGAACCUCGAGGAUCUUCUAGAAGAUCCCGGAGAACUUGUCUGCGAUGAAGCCGGUUGUCCAGAAGAAGUCCUGUCAGAGCUUCAGACAGGAUCUGAGGAGAAUCUGGCUGAUGACGUUGGCGAAACGCAAGAAAGCCCACAAGUUGGAGCUGAAGAGGAAAAGCGAAAGAGCACUGGUAGCCAGGGGUCUCGCACUUCGACGGAUUCGGCUGCACUCCGCACAAGCAAGUCUGGCGAGAUAUCCUCAAUGUCCACACAGGAUGACUUGAGUACCAAACAGAGUGCCACAUCGGCCCGCGGCUUGCGCGGAUUGCCUCCUGCUAGUGGCAGAUCAACUCCUUCACCACGGAAUCAGAAUGGAGUUCGCAUCAGUCAGAGUCACGACGAUCUCGCAACGAAUAGCAGUCGUGGCGGAUCGGGAUGGCUUCUCAAUGUCAACCGUGCGUCGCGCAACUCUGCGGACAGAGAACGCAGCUCGCAUCCGAUUACGGAGGCAGUUCGAAGCAAGUCAGGAGAUAACCGUUUCGCGGAUAUUUUCCAACUGCCGCAUACCCAGCGACUGGUUGAUCACUUUAGCUGCGGUCUUCAGAAAGCAAUCAUUCUGCAGGGAACGCUUUAUCUUUUCAAGGACUAUGUAUGUUUUCGAAGUAUUGUCUUAGCGGGAACAAAAAUUGUAAUGCCUAUUCGCGACAUUGUUCGAAUUCAGCGCGAACGCAAUCUUCUUAUAGACAAUGCGAUUCGUUUCACGUUGCAAGACGGGAGCAGUUAUUUGUUCGUCUCUUUCUUGUUUCCGGCUCGCGUGUAUCGCGAAUUCAAAGAGAGCGGUUUGUUUGCUCCGGAGGUCUUUGAAGAUCGUCCCGAGGCAGAGCGCAAGCCCAUGACACGCUCUCCACGGGACCAACGCAGCAAGGAUUCUGCGACCUCUGGAUCCGCCUCUCCAGGAGAUCAGCAGUCGGAAUCCAAGUCUGGAAACAGCAUCACAGAUGAGGAGGAUGAAGGCAGCGAAGACGACGAGGAAUACGCGCAUUCCGUGGAACAGAGCAUGGUGAUUCGUCUGUUCGCGAUCGGUAACUUGCCAUACUACCCACACGGAAAGAAGCACCUGCUCCAGAGUGACCAGUCAGAAAUGACCAAGGUUUGUUCCGUAACCUUGCCUUGCAACAAUGCGCGUCUUUUCAGAGCCUUUUUCUUGGAUUUGAAAGAAGAAGAGGCGCUGCAUCAAAGUAUCGGCUUGAACCAGAUUAAUGGCACCAAUAGUGAAUCAAAAGCAAACGGCACCAACAGCAAGUCUGAAAUCCCAACCAAAGCCAAGGCCUCGGAUUCUGGCCCCGGUAAUGCUGCUUCCAGUGAAAGCCGUAGCUCAGAGUCAGACGCACUGGUCUUUAGUGCGAGGAAUAAUUUUUUGGCGUUUCAGGCGAAACUUGGGCAUCAAGACAUGCAGCUCGGCGAAUGGCAUUUGGAUCCUGAUCUAGGUUUCGUGCGCGAAUUCCGAUACCGGAAGCCGCUGGAGCCUGCGCCAAUGAGCCCGAAAGAAACCUGGAUGACGGAGCAUAUGCUAUUCUAUGUUUCCAAGCAGGAACGUGAGAAACUGCAAACCAUUUAUCUGGAAAUCAAGGGCACUAGCCACGACGUGCCAUUCGGUGACUCUUUUGUAGCCGAGCAGCUCUAUGUGUUCCGGCCGGCAUCCGAGAAUGGACGAUUUGAGUGUGAGUUAGAGAUUUACGGUGGAGUUCAUUUUUCGCGUUGGAAUAUGGUUGCCGGUACCAUACGGAAACGCACCAUUGCUGGUGUCGAACAUACUGCCAACGUGUUCGUUCAAAUGGCUCGCGAACUCUGCACAACUUCAUUAUGUCGCCGCGUGCGAGACCUAGAUGCAGCGCGCUACCGGAAGGAAAUUGGUGCGUCCGCCAAGGUGCUGGAAAAAGCAGAUACGGCUCGCGAAGAAACCACGGAAGAUACCUCGCCAACGGCUUCGGCGGAAAUCAAGCCCGAAUCUAUUUCAUUGGAAUCGCUGCCGCUGCCGACGCGCUACAUGCUUCUGCCGUUUUACCGCAUCGCACUGGUGGCGACGUCGGCAACUUGCUGGGAUGCAACGCUUCUGUCUGCAUUUUUGAUUCUCUGCAUAACGCUGCUAACCUUGGUUGUUUUCCGUCUGUACUUGAAUAACCAACAGAUGACUGUAGAGCUUCGCCAUGCCGAAGAACAGGUCCAGUUUUUACGGAGUCUUCUUAAGAAUCAUCUUGGCCCAUAG